AGUAAUCAUUCAAAUAUAGUUUUUUCAAUUGGAUAUCUAUUAAAAAAUUUAUGUUUUUCGAUUAAACAAGCUUUAAUAAAUUCUAAAAUGUGCAACUGCAUUAAAUCAACAUGUUCCUGUUGUUUCAAUCUGUGCUUUUCGUGUGUUGAAUGCACUUUUAGAGCAAUUUGCAUGUGCAUAAUAAUGCCAAUUCUAGUUUUGGCCAUACUUGCUUUCUGUCUCUUUUUGCUCUACGUAUACAUUGUAGAACCAGAGGCAUAUCGUGAUUUUUUCUCAUCAAAAUAUAUCAAUCCCAAUAAAACUCAAGUUGCACUGUUCGGAAAUAAUUAACACAAGUACUGCAAAAAUCAGAAAUUAGAUCGCGGUCAUUAUCAUCUAACGGAGAAAAUUUGUAUCAGUAGUACGAAUGUCUUAGAUUCUAAACUAAUCUCAUGUGAAUAAAAACA